UUGUAACCCAUUACUAUAAAAGAAAUUAUAGAUAACAUUGUCCCACAUUCAAGUCGAGUGAAAUUUUCUCAAAAGAAUGUAUUCAGGUAUGUUUUACAUACCUACAACACAGUAACCUUGUAUUGUCAGUUAUCUACGUAUAUCCGACCAUUCUGUUCUAUGACACAUUUUAUCUGUAAAGGUCAAAGAUAUAGGAUUUGUUCAGUGCACCAUGAUGUUUACACUCAUCUCAAGAUCGACAAUAGGAGGAUUGUAGUCAGUGAAACAAUAAAGUUAGGUAGAUUUAUCUAUUAUGAUAACCAAUAUUUUACCGGUCUCUAUCGCCUAGUGAACGUACUACUUAAUAUGGUGGGAAAAUUUUGAAAUUGGGAAUACUCAAAUGCUUCAAUGUUUUGAUUCUCGGAUUUUCAUGCGUGCCCAGUAGGCAGCGGUCGUCAGUCGAUGCGGCUCGGGUAUGCGGCAGCGGUGCGCGCGCAGCCGUGCGGCUUGCUCGCCAAUACCCGCGCUGCCACGAAGAGCGCGCGUCGCAUCGCUCCAUCGAAGUAUCGACGCAAACCACACUUUACUAGUGCAAUAAACUGGCAGCUCCGUUCCAAUCGAACUACAUAAAAACAGUAACAACACACAAAGCGACCUAAUACAACAUUUUGUGCGGUCGAAUCCAAUUAAUCGAGAAGCGCCAGCAGCUGUUUCUUCGUUAUCGGAGUACCUUUCAGCAGGUGGUGCAACACGCAUUUUCAUAUGUCUACGAAAUCUUGCGUCAUAUCAGGAUAGUGCCUAUUGAGAUGAGCCCGCGCCAGCAAGGGUGCGGCAGCAACAGGCACGCGGCGGGAGGGUAGUGACCGACUAUGUGGGUGCGGGCAGCACGCGCGCUGCGGGCGCUGCGCCGUGCAGCGCUGCUGCUGCCGCUGGUGCUGGUAGCGGCGGCGCUGGUGCUGCUGCCGCGCCCACAACCCGUCCCCUCGCCCAUACGCCCGCCCUCCUCACCGGCGCCGCCGCGUGCUGACCCACCAGCUCAUCAGAUAUUGAACGAGAUCACUGAAAGCAAUGAAGUGUUCAUUCGCGAUCUUGAUGAUGUAUCACGAAGACCGUGGUACAUGCGUGGUGGGGAGCAACGCCCUAACCAACACGAUCCACAAGCAAACCUGUUUCCAGAAGACGCACCUGGAGACGACAGAGUUAUCCAACAGUUGAUGUACAUAUUACCGAAAGACGAGGACCCUCCAAUAAAGAAGAUACUGUUGGCCAACGGGCUGGGCGCGUGGGGAGUGCCGGCCGGGCGCACCGAAUUCGUGCGCAACAAGUGUCCAGUGGACCGAUGCUCCAUCACCGCGGACGCCAGAGACGCUGCCAAUGCCGAUGCCGUCCUAUUCAAAGAUCACCAUACGCCGUUCAACGUGAGACGGCCGUUCAACCAAAUUUGGAUACUCUAUUAUUUGGAGUGUCCAUACCAUACAGCGUCCUUGCGACCCGCGUCUUUCGACGUUUUCAACUGGACAUCCACGUAUCGCCGUGACUCCGACGUAGUCGCGCCGUAUGAAAGAUGGGUUUACCACGACCCGCUUGUCACUGAAAAAGAACUCGAUAGGAAUUACGCAGCAAAUAAAACCAAAAAGGUAGCGUGGUUCGUGUCGAACUGCCACGCUCGCAACAGGCGUCUGCAAUUCGCCCGCCAACUAUCCAAAUUCAUCCAAGUGGACAUCUACGGAGCAUGCGGAUCCCACCAUUGUCCACGCACCGACCCCAACUGCUUAGACAUGCUGGAUAAGGAAUACAAGUUCUAUCUGGCCUUUGAGAACUCCAAUUGUCGAGACUACAUAACGGAGAAAUUCUUCGUAAACGGAUUACAGCAUAACGUGCUGCCGAUAGUAAUGGGGGCGCGCGCCUCCGAAUACGCAGCGGCGGCGCCGCACAACUCCUACGUGCACGUGGAAGAGUUCACCAACGCGGAGGAGCUGGCCGCGUACCUGCGACGACUCGACGAAGAUGACACACUAUACAACUCCUACUUCAAGUGGAAGGGCACAGGAGAGUUCAUCAACACGUACUUUUUCUGCCGCGUGUGCGCCAUGGUGCACGCGAGCGAGCGGCGCCAGCGCAGUGCGCACUACACCGACGUGCAGGCGUGGUGGCGCGACGGCGCCUGCACACGCGGAGACUGGCGCGCCGCCGACCGAGACAACCCUUAACUCCACGCUGCAACGGGCAAGCACUACGCCGACGUGCAGACGUGGUGGCACGGCGGCGCCUGCACGCUCGGUGACUGUCGUGCCGCCGACCGAGACCACCCGUAACUCCACGCUACAACGGACAAGCAGCGCAAAAGGCACUUUAAGGAACGGGCGCCACCAACCGUGACAACCCAUAACUCCACGCUACAACGCACAAGCAGCGCAGCACGCACUUUAAGGUACUGGCGCGCUGCUGAUCGCGACAACUUGUAACUCCACACUACGACGCACAAGCAAGCAAGCACGCGUUUAAAGAACUAGCGUGCUGCCGACUGCGGUAAUCUAUAACUGUAUGCUACAACGCACAAGCAGCGCAUCAGGCACUUUAAGGAACUGCUGCGCUACCGACCGCAACAUCCUGUAACUCCACGCUACAACGCACAA